UCCCCGCUUGCCAUGUCUCUUAUAAUUGGAUAGAAAUAGAACAAUGGUGUUGUCAAUCAUCGACAUAGCCGAUGAUAGCGCGAAUGCAGGGAAAGGCGCACGGAUUUUCAGACUUCCUGACAAAUUCCGGAACGGAGCGACGCGUAGAGACACGCGGAUAAAGAGGAGAUCCGGGAGGGGCAGAAGGAAGAGGAUAUUGAUCGGGAGUAGGCAUGCGCGCAUGUCGUUAUCUCCUCUUCAUCCCACCCUGCAGCGGCGGCAAGCCUGAGGUAAGCGACAAUGGAACAUGCGUCGCGUCGGCCAGUAGCUUGAGGUCCACGUCGCACCGCGUCAAUUAAGUAACGCGCGCUCAAGGCGCCUAGAUCUAGGAAAAAGCGGCUCCGAGGGCGUGUCGAAUCAAGGUAGCCGCACUCCUCUCUCAUGCUGGGUCGUCGAACUAUGCCAGUCCGUCGCGAAUCGGCGCAGGAUCGGCGGCGGCGAACGUAACCGGGAAGAGGCAGCGACACGUAACGAGGAGUAUUUCAUUCAGUGACGGUGAUUUCACGGUGUGACAGACACGUACGCGUAUGUGUACGUAAAGUAAUUGAGUAGAUGUAUAUAUAAUAUAGUCCGCUGCACAUUGGUGGGAUAUCGUCAUUCGGCAGCGCACAUGCCUUGUUAACGCUGGCUGAGAGGCCAGAUCAGUUGGCUGAGUGAAGAAACGCCCGAGCAUCACCGAGCCGUGCUAAUUGCAAAGGAAAUUGCAAAGGACAAAUAGCAGAAACCUGCUAAGGGACAACGAGCUAGGAGGAAGUCAUGUCCGACUUGGACGACGAAACCGAUACUUCGUGCGGGGAGGAGCAAAUUGUCUCGGAUUGGGAGGUUCAAAAGGAGUGGCUCGAGAGCAUAUUGUCGAAGUACCACGACGGGAGAGCGGUCGAAAUCUUAAAGUUUAAUGUAAGCCCCGGAUGCACGACCAGCGAGAGCGUGCUGAGCGCUAUUACCAGCGUUACAGGGAACUAUUUGUUAGCAUCGACGACGGAUCCAACGGAUAAACCGUCGGAUAAGCGCAGAUUGUCCAUUAUCAUAAAGCAACUCCCUAGAGAUCCAUUUAGCCGCUUUUUCGUAACGGAAGGUCAAUUCGAUCUCCGAGAGAUUAAGUUUUAUACACAGGUAAUGCCAGAUUUAAAGGAGUUCAAUCGAAGACAGCUAGGACCGAACCCAGAGGAACCGAUUAUACUACCGGUUCCGGAAUGCUAUCACGCUCAUUACAGUCCUGCAAGCGGAACUGACGACAGCCCGGUGCCACCGGAAUCAAUACUAGUGUUGGACGAUUUGGGCGCUUCGCGUUUCGAGAGUGUCAAGUUCUCGGAGGGGCUAACGUUGGAUCAAGCGACGGUUGCAUUGGAUGCCAUUGCCCGCAUACACGCUCAUUCCCUAUCAAUAAAAGUCGUAGACGGGGAAUCUCUAUCCGAGCGUUACCCGUUUCUUUUCCAAACGGCGAAAGCAACAGAUUCAUAUCAACAACUGGUGGAGCGCGGUUUACCGCAGCUGGCGCACUUUCUAGAAAGCAGACCGGGACUAGAAGCGGUCCUCGAGACUUUGCUAGUUCUACGACCCCGCACUAAAGACAUAAUCUCGGCUCUUCUUGCUCCGGAGGGUCCGUUGGCGUUGAUAACCCACACUGACUUCUGGAGCAAUAAUCUACUCUUCAGGGAUACUUGCGGAAGUGCGGAAUGCUACAUUCUCGAUUGGCAGAUGGUUACUUACAGUCGACCGACGAACGAUGUCGCAUUGUUGUUGGUGAGUUCAGUGCCCACUGAGUUACGCCGCAAACACACUGAAUCACUUCUCAACACAUACUGGAACAAGCUGAAUUGGACAUGCUCGCGUCUUGGCCUAAAUAUUCCCAAGGACUUGGGUUAUACUAGAGAGGAUCUUGACAAGGACUACAGAAAGUCUCAGUUACUGGCGCUUUUACUUUGUAUCGGAUCGGUGGACGUCGCGCUCGGUGAUCCUCUCACAGAGCAACGACUGAUCGACGUCCUCGAAGAUCUAUAUAACGAUGGCGUACUGACAGAUGAAGCUGUCAUCGCGACAAACGAAGUCGAUCCAUAAUUACCGCUGCCACCGUUAACACUAGCGUAUGCACCGAAAAAUUAAUAUUUCUAUCAGGGCUGUGACUCGAAGCGAAGAGUUUCACGUGAAGCAAUAGAUACUUCAAUAGCCCAUAUAUAGCUUAAAGAUGCAAUCUUUGUGUUUCCAACCCAAAGGAGGCUUAAGCCAGCAAUAACACGAAUGCGGGCGAUGAAGAAGAUAGUUGCAAAAAAGCACGGAAGAAUAUAAUGGACGUUAGAAACUUGUGCUACUCUUUCGGUUUCUUUCUCUUUGCGACGAGACUACUAUAGACAAGCGGGACAAAUGAUUGAUCAAGAUCAAACGAUGCUUAACCAUAAAUGUCUCGAUUAUACAUUAGUGUAAGCUUUGACAACCUGUCGACUAUUACUCUUUAGACGCUACAAUGAUAUUUUAAUGACUACCAGUGCAAGAUUCGCUUGCAAUUCGAUGAAAGUAAGAUAAAAUCGGAAGCAAACUUUUUAAGAGAAAUUACAUCACGUAAAAAUAUUGAUUUCUUAUCAACAGGUAUCGGUUUUUCCAAUGUGAAUUUUCAAUUCAAUUUUCUGCUCACACAGAAAUUGCUGAUGAACGUCUACGUUGUGCCAAGUCGUUAAAGAUUUAGGCAAGUAGUUGUGAUACAAUUACUAAGAUGAAAUCAAUUAGAUUCGUGAUUAUACUGUUAUAGUACAUGCAUCACAGUUAUAGAGUAUUUUCGAAAUGUACAUGAAACAUAAAACAAUUAUGUUCCAUAUGCCUGAAUACGCGUCCCGUGAUAAAUUUCUUCCGACAAUUAUUCCAGCGAGAACGCGCUGUUUUGUUAACGCUAUAUACAAUUAUUGUAUUAUCCAUUUUCUCUGUAUAAAAUAUAUGGAUAAAAUAUACCUUGAUGUUAUCAC